UCGCCGCCGGGGGGCGCAUGCGCAGCCCGUGUUAGUGAUGGAGGAGAGAAGAUGGCGGAAGCGGAAUUCAAGGACCACAGUACAGCUAUGGAUAGUGAAGCAAACCCUGGCACAUCUUCUGUGUCGACAACAGCCAGUAGUACCACCACCACAACUAUCACCACUUCCUCCUCUCGAAUGCAGCAGCCACAGAUCUCUGUCUACAGUGGCUCAGACCGACACGCUGUACAGGUGAUUCAGCAGGCAUUGCAUCGCCCCCCCAGCUCUGCUGCUCAGUAUCUUCAGCAGAUGUACGCUGCUCAGCAGCAGCACUUGAUGCUACACACCGCAGCCCUCCAGCAGCAGCACUUAAGCAGCUCCCAGCUUCAGAGCCUUGCUGCAGUUCAGGCAAGUUUGUCCAGUGGAAGACCAUCUACAUCCCCCACAGGAAGUGUCACACAACAGUCAAGUAUGUCCCAGACAUCUAUCAACCUCUCCACUUCUCCUACACCUGCACAGUUAAUAAGCCGUUCCCAGGCUUCCAGUUCUACCAGCGGCAGUAUUACCCAACAGACUAUGUUACUAGGGAGUACCUCCCCUACCCUAACGGCAAGCCAAGCUCAAAUGUAUCUCCGAGCUCAAAUGCUGAUUUUCACACCCGCUACCACUGUGGCUGCUGUACAGUCUGACAUUCCUGUUGUCUCGUCGUCAUCGUCAUCUUCCUGUCAGUCUGCAGCUACUCAGGUUCAGAAUUUAACAUUACGCAGCCAGAAGUUGGGUGUAUUAUCUAGCUCACAGAAUGGUCCGCCAAAAAGCACUAGUCAAACUCAGUCAUUGACAAUUUGUCAUAACAAAACAACAGUGACCAGUUCUAAAAUCAGCCAACGAGAUCCUUCUCCAGAAAGUAAUAAGAAAGGAGAAAGUCCAAGUCUGGAAUCACGAAGCACAGCUGUCACUCGGACAUCAAGUAUUCACCAGUUAAUAGCACCAGCUUCAUAUCCUCCAAUUCAGCCUCAUCCUCUAAUAAAACAUCAGCAGAUUCCUCUUCAUUCACCACCUCCCAAGGUUUCCCAUCAUCAGCUGAUAUUGCAACAGCAGCAACAGCAAAUUCAGCCAAUCACACUUCAGAAUCCAACUCAAGACCCACCCCCAUCCCAGCACUGUAUGCCACUCCAAAACCAUGGCCUUCCUCCAGCACCUACUAAUGCCCAGUCACAGCAUUGUUCACCAAUUCAGAGCCAUCCCCCUUCUUUAACAAUGUCUCCUAGCCAGUCACAGUCAGCACAGCAGUCUGUAGUGGUGUCUCCUCCACCGCCUCAUUCACCAAGUCAGUCUCCUACUAUAAUUAUUCAUCCACAAGCACUUAUUCAGCCACACCCUCUUGUGUCAUCAGCUCUCCAGCCAGGGUCAAACCUGCAGCAGUCCACUGCUAAUCAGGUGCAACCUACAGCACAGCUGAAUCUUCCAUCCCAUCUUCCACUUCCAGCUUCCCCUGUCGUACACAUUGGCCCAGUUCAGCAGUCCGCUUUGGUGUCCCCAGGUCAGCAGAUUGUGUCUCCAACAUCACACCAGCCAUAUUCAACCCUGCAGUCCUCUCCAAUCCCAAUUGCAACCCCUCCACAGAUGUCGACAUCUCCUCCAGCUCAGAUUCCACCACUGCCCUUGCAGUCUAUGCAGUCUUUACAAGUGCAGCCUGAAAUUCUAUCCCAGGGCCAGGUUUUGGUGCAGAAUGCUUUGGUGUCAGAAGAGGAGCUUCCAGCUGCAGAAGCUUUGGUCCAGUUGCCAUUUCAGACUCUUCCUCCUCCACAGACUGUUGCGGUAAACCUACAAGUACAACCACCAGCACCUGUUGAUCCACCAGUGGGAAUGCAUUUGAACCAGUGUCAUCUGCACAAAGUUUUUUCUCUUAAGGUUUAUCAAGUAGAAGAUGUGUGUGAAGAAGAAAUGCCAGAAGAGUCAGAUGAAUGUGUUCGGAUGGACAGAACGCCACCACCACCCACACUGUCUCCAGCAGCUAUAACUGUGGGCAGAGAAGAUAUGACUUCCGAACAUCCUUUGUUAGAGCAAGUGGAAUUACCUGCUGUGGCAUCAGUCAGUGCUUCAGUAAUUAAAUCUCCAUCAGAUCCUUCACAUGUUUCUGUUCCUCCACCUCCACUCUUACUUCCAGCUGCUACCACAAGGAGUAAUAGUACUUCUGUACCCAGCAGCAUUCCCAGUAUAGAAAACAAACCUCCACAGGCUAUUGUUAAACCACAGAUUUUAACGCAUGUUAUUGAAGGCUUUGUGAUUCAGGAGGGAUUGGAGCCAUUUCCUGUGAGCCGUUCAUCUUUGCUAAUAGAACAGCCUGUGAAAAAAAGGCCUCUUUUGGAUAAUCAGGUGAUAAACUCUGUGUGUGUUCAGCCAGAGCUACAGAAUAAUACAAAGCAUGGAGAUAAUUCAUCUGACACAGAAAUGGAAGACAUGAUUGCUGAAGAGACAUUAGAAGAAAUGGACAGUGAGUUGCUCAAGUGUGAAUUCUGUGGGAAGAUGGGAUAUGCUAAUGAAUUUCUUCGGUCAAAACGAUUCUGUACUAUGUCCUGUGCCAAAAGGUACAAUGUUAGCUGUUCUAAAAAAUUUGCACUUAGUCGUUGGAAUCGUAAGCCUGAUAAUCAGAGUCUUGGGCAUCGUGGCCGUCGUCCAAGUGGCCCUGAUGGGGCAGCAAGAGAACAUAUCCUUAGGCAGCUUCCAAUUACUUAUCCAUCUGCAGAAGAAGACUUGGCUUCUCAUGAAGAUUCUGUUCCAUCUGCUAUGACAACACGCCUGCGCAGGCAGAGUGAGCGGGAAAGAGAACGUGAGCUCCGGGAUGUGAGAAUUAGGAAAAUGCCUGAGAACAGUGAUUUGCUACCAGUUGCACAAACAGAGCCAUCUAUAUGGACAGUUGAUGAUGUCUGGGCCUUCAUCCAUUCUUUGCCUGGCUGCCAAGAUAUCGCAGAUGAAUUCAGAGCACAGGAGAUUGAUGGACAGGCCCUUCUUUUGCUAAAAGAAGACCAUCUUAUGAGUGCAAUGAAUAUCAAACUAGGCCCGGCCCUAAAGAUCUGUGCACGCAUCAACUCUCUGAAGGAAUCUUAACAGGAUCAUGAAGCUGUGAGAAAACAGCAGUUUUACUCUUCUUAAACAAACUUGUAAGGUAAAGGCUCAAGCUGGCCUAGAAUGUUAUCAUAUAUUGUGGUGGAUAGCCAAGCACAUUGGGAUCUCCACAUCAAAAGCUGAUAUUUCUUCUACAGAUACAGUAAUUCAUCAUACAUUUUCUUAAUUAGCCAACAUUGGUAAAAUUAAUUUUACAGGUUACAUGCAACAUUGAAAGACUUGAUAUAGAGGGCCAUGAUAUUUUUCAAAGAAACGUGUUAUACUAGAUAAUUUUUUAAAGGUGAUGUUUAUCGUUAAUAUAAAGAAUCCUUUUAAAAGUAAUUUAAUGAUUUACAUUUUUCCUCUUUUGAUUCGGUUUUCUUAUACAUUUUUCUACCCUGUAAGUUUUCUAUAGGUUGUCAUGAGAGAUAUAAUUUAGGAGUAAUUUAGGAAUAGUUUAGUAGGAGUCCAGUGACUGGAAUUGUAUGCAACGAGAUAUCAGUUGUACAUUUUAAGAAACAUGUCUGUCAGACAAUUGCUUUGUCUAUAAAAAGGAUUGCAUUCUAGCAUGAAUAAUACUAAUCUGGAAGUCAGAGAGUUGGUUUCUAUUCCAAACUUGCCCAAGAAUUUGAUGUGGCUGAGAAAGUUAGUUUUCUUAGUUUUUGUACAUUUAGAGCAGUGGUUCUCAACAGAGGUCAGUUUUGCUCCCCAGGGGAUAUUUGACAAUGCCUAGGGACAUUUUGGUUGUCAUAGCUUGGAGAAGUUGGGGAGGGUUGUUAUUGGCAUCUGGGUCAUGGAGGACAGGGAUGUUGCUAAAUAUCCCACAGUGCACAAGACAGUCCUCCAAAACAAAGAUUCAUCAAGUCCAAAAUGUCAAGUAGUGUCAGGGUUCAGAAACCCUGAUGUAGGAGUGAUAAAUGUUGCUCUUUUUUACCCAGAGGGUUAGUUUGAAAAGAUGAGACAUAAUAAGGACUACAUUAUACAAUGGAAGUAUUUCAGACAGCAUUAAUGUUCUGCAGAAGUAUUUUUCCCAGUUUUAUGCAUACUAGAAAAAGGGAAAAUCCACUAAAUUGACCUAUAAAACUAAAAUCCACUAAAUUGACCUGUAAAGUAAGGACUAGCAUACAAAUAAUUUGAGUCUCAGAAAGUACGAAUUCAUAUUCUCUUUCAUAGAGCAGCAGAGAGCUGCUCCUCUGCACUGAUGAAGGCAUAAUAUCAUUAUACCUUAUGAACCAGUGCAUAGCCUUUGCUGGCAAGACAGUAGUUUGUAGUGGAUAUGUGUUUGGUCUUUGGAUUUUUUCUAAUGUUGAACAUGCUGGGUCUAGCUAGAAUGCACAUUCCUUUUUCCUUGACUAAACCUUUGCAUGCUUCCUACAAAGUUCCCACCAACUAGUAUCUCUUGGAUUAUCACAUAUAAUUUUGUAUGUACAUGUUUUACAGAAAAAACAUUUUAAAACAAAAUUUUUCACUGAACAGUUAGUGUUCUAUCAGAAUUAUGACAUUAAAACAAAAUUGUUGCGGGAGCCCUGAGAGCCUUAUUGUCGGGAAAUAAAAAAUUUGUUUGAAUCCUUUUUAUCUUUACCACACGAUGGAAAUGUUUUAAAAUAGAAGGAACAUACACAGAUAUUUGGCAGACGUUCAGUAAGUGGGGAAGAGUCCAUGGGUUUCAGUCAUUGUCACUGCUCUUUUCAAAAAGAUUGUGUUGAGCUAGUAGAAGACUAAAGAUGUCAUUAAGGACAUCACAGAUAUUUAUCUUUUGGCUUUGUGUACAUUAGAGAAUGUUGAUUAUUUUUAUACAGAAAUACAGCGGGUAAUUUUUUUAAUCUUUAGAUGCCUCUUGUUUGAAUGUAUGCUUUGUGGGAUUCUUUUGUGUAGUAACGUUUAAAAAAAAAAAAGAUGUUUACUGAUAGUUAUGUGUAGGAUUAGAAUGUGUAAUAUAGUGUAAGGCUCAAGUUCCAGACCUACAAUAGCUUGUAGUCUAUGUUACAUAUUUCUUUAUAUCACAUUGUUAAUUAUUGGAUUAAAGUUUCAAGGAAAGGUAGGAACUCUAUAGUCAGUUUUCAUUUAUUAGCAGUUAAUCAUUAUGACAGUUGUCAUAUCCUUGGCUUUUCCCCCUCAUCUUGCCGUUUCAGAACACAGGAAUAGGCUAAGCAUUAAUAGGAUGGUCCACUGUGUGCGGGGUGGGUGAAGAGCACACAGGAAAGUCUCCCGUGGAAUUAAAACUUUAUCAUAGAUAAUCCACAAGCAACUGAUUUCGGGGUAGACUCCCUUAGCAAUAAUGGGUACCUCCCAUAACUAAAUUAUCUGUAUAGCCUUUAAGGUAUUAGGACUAUGUUACAGGUUCUCCUUUUCUUUACUGUCUCUUUUAAUAUCAGUCAUUAUAUACUGAUUGAAAGCCCUCGUGCCUAGCACCAUGUUAAUAUCCAAGAAAGCUUACCAGAAGGGGAAUUUCCAUUGAGAGCACCUUAUAAUCUUAAAUCUUGUAGUAAUCUUAAGAGUAGUCCAGAUCUUCUCUUGACCUCACUCAAAACAUACCCAGAAAAUGUACUUGCUUCUUUCAACUGAGCUAUUUUGUUUAGAAAUGGCCUAUUUGCUUUCAACUGGUAGUUUUCCCUAUUGAUGCAACUGUUUUUUUUUUCUAGAGGAUUUAAUCUUAAAAAUCAAAGCUUCAGUUAAAUAUGAAUAUAGAUGAUAACACUGGAUGUCCAUUUCUCUUCUAAGUUCUAAGCACAGUUCUGGUAUGAUACAGGUGGGGAGAGUAUUAUUUUCUGUUUCCAUCAUGCUACUAAAUUGUUUUAGGAUUUUCAUUGAUGAGAAGAAAUGACCGAGAACAUGGGAAGUUCUUCCUAUUUUUGCUAAGUGUACAUUUUCUGACUUUAAACUGAUGCACUCUUUUCCCUUUGAGGGAAGUAAAAAAACCCUACAAGUUUCAAAUUUUAUUUACUUUAAGCCAUGUGUUCCUAAGAAAAUAAAGUGAGAGCUGGUUUGUAGAUGUUUUUGCAUGACAUGGAUUCUCAUCAAGCCUAGUGUAGUAGGCAUGUGUCUGACAGGCUCUGCACCUUUGAUGUAAUCAUUGUCAUAUAAGGCAGAGUACUGUCCCAAAACCUGUCACUUUUUGAGUGGCAUAUAACUUUCCAGGAUGGUACUUUUGAUUUGCUGUGGCAUCGCUAAACAGACAUUUUCCUUAGUCUCAGCUUGAGGGCUGUCAUGUAGGAGUAGAGAAGGUAGAAUGAGGGGAAGACAUGUUAGUGAAGAGGCGUGAGAAUGGGAAAGAGGCAGACAAGAGACCUGCCACUUUGCUUGUCCCACUUCAACACUGAACAAAUUUCUGCACUUUUGACGUUAAUAUUCAUGAUUUACCUUAAGUAGAAAUGAUUUUUUUUAGAUAGCCCAUUGUUUGUUUUUGUUUCCUAGCGUGUUGAAACACUUCCUUAGAACUGUCUGAAGUAUUGCUACCUUUGAAUAAUUUUUGUGUGAAAUUAUAGACAUUUAUUCAAAUACCGGUCCUAGGCUGAAAUCUGUCACAGAAUCCCCUAUCACUGACUUGUUCAAUUAAAUGUUAUAAAGUCCCAUUUGCAUUUGCAAGGUUCUAAUACUGUCAUGGCACAAGUAUGGUGGGAAGGCAAUAUAUAGGUUGUAUAGUCUUCGGUUGUGUUUAUAUGGGUGUAAACAGUUUGAGAAAGAAUAAAUUAUUGUAGACGUACGUGAAUGAUGCUACCCUCACAGCCAUAUUGAGUAGAUGAAAUCCCUGGCUGGACACACUGUUAAAAUGUUUUAAAGACAUUUUCAGCUAGAACAGACUGAUUAUAUUUUGUGGCUUUAAGAUCCUCACCCUUAAUGAAUGGCAGGAACACAUGCUGCCUUGUGUGCAGCUGGCACUGGGCAUUGCCUGAUAGCAUGAAAGGGCCUCGCUUCCUGCUUUCCUCUCCUAAAGCCUAUUCCAGCCCUAAGGGAACUGCGUGAAAACUUGACACUUUUGCCUGAAAAUCCUUAGAGAGGAUUUUGUAGUGGCGUUAAUUUUAGGAAGGUAAUUGGGGCAGGACUUUCUUACACCUAACAGUCAUGUGUCAGUGAAACCUUUGGGCAGUGGACACUGGCCCAACUAUGCAGUGUUUGUUCACUCUUGUUUCCUGUGCACCAUAUAUGUAGCUGGGCCUUAAGGAAGGUUUUCCAGGGUGAAGGAUAGGUAAACGGAGGAAGUGACAAAUAGGAGGAAAACAUUCUAGACCCAAGAGGGUAAUAAUACAGUUAAUGGAGUGAGGUUGUGUAGUAUAGAUAGGACCUUCAAUAGUUCAAAAUAAUACAUUGUAAUGGUUUGAUCCCAGUUACAGCAAUAAAAUUCACCUGUAACCAUAUUCAUUCUUUCACUCUCUGUCAAGUGAUUCUGCCCCCUAUCAGUAGUUCCAAUGAUGCAAAAGCUAGUGUUUUUGACUUCAAAAAAAAAGGUGACAACUAUUGUACUUGGAGAAUAUUUGUCAGAAACUCAAAGGUUAAUUAUUUAUAAUUGAGUUAUUGGACCUAUAGAAGGGAGUAUCCAUUUUCAGAUACCACAGUUGAAUCACCCUUGUAGAUUGUUGUAAAGGCAUUUUAAGAUAGUAUUUUGUUAGAUUGUAUCUAAGAAUUGGAUGACUAAAGAGCUAUCUUUCUCUUUAUCAGUGUGGAUUUCAGCGGAAGCCUACCUCUAUUUCUUUGAUGCACAGUAGUGUGGAUCAUAAAAUGAACUGUUUAAUUCACAUUCAUUAACAUUGGUAUUUUAUGAGUCUCUUUAAAAGCAUUUGAUUUCAUCUUAAAGAUUGUAAUUUAAUUUAGAUAAGCACAAAUACAGUAUUAGGAAAAAUAAAUAUGCAAUCUUACUGAAAUUUAAUUUCAAUCUAUUAUAAGCUGUACAUCUUUAAAAAAAAAAAAGUCUUUGGAAAGAUAUUCCUCUUUUGUUAGUCCAUAAUAUGUACACUAUAUAGUUUCCUUCAUAGCAACAAUACAAGCCAUUUCUUCAAUAAAGAAAAAAAAAUGUUGAAAAUUAUAUUAUCUUCUUUGGAAAAAGUUUCCUAAAUUUUUAAGAAUUUAAAGUUUUACAUGUUAUUUUUUAGAGCUUAUUUAAUCUAUUUUAAAAUAAUACUAUGAGAAGGCAUUUUUUUUUUUUUUUUUUUUUGAAAGUUAUAAAGCACUAAUACAAAUCAGCAUCAUUUUCCAGAGCACAGUGUUUGGCUUUUUUUGAACUUAUUUCACAGACAUUAAAAGGGAGUGGCCUCCCUGCGUCUCAGAUCUGAGGCCUCGCUUCUGUAAUGAAAAUCCCCUGUUCUACUUGAACCCAUGAACACACACCUCUUAAGUGCCAUGUUUAUAGGACCUUUUGGGAAGUGUUUUCCGAGAAUGUUUUUUUUUUUUUUUAUAGCUUGUGAACAUUUAAUUUUAUUUAAAGAUGAUGAUUUUAAAACUCUCAGAUAUUGGAGAAGAGGGUACAUUAGAGAAGUAUUUUUUUCCCUGCUUUUGAAUAGUAAAUUGCUUUUAAGUGAUAUUGAUGGCGUCAGUAUGAGUUCAUAGAAAGAAAACCUGUACAAAGGUUUUAAAACGUAUUGUUGAAGUGAUGAAUUUUAAUUUGGAAAAAACUGAAAAUAUUGCUAACAUGGCAUAGUUUUAAAUAUAACAGUAAUUUAGUAAGUCCUUUUAGACCACCUAUUUAAAUUGACUCCAGUAAUCUUCUUAAGGAUUGAUCGUAGCCAUCAUUUAUUGGCUUAAAAGUUAAACUUCAAGGAAUAUAUAUUAUCAGUGUUAAAUCCAUGUUUUGUGGAGCUUUAAUUAAUGGAGGUGAAGAAGUUGGUGUUCAUAAGAUACUGGUGGGGCUGGUAGUGAAAUAAACAUCAAUCUAUUUUAGAAAGAAGGAAUUUUUAGUUUUGCCUCAAGCAAGCCAGAAGUGUCCACUGCUUAAAAUCUGUUUAGAAUGCUGUGUGUUAAAGUCUUCUUUUUGCUUUAGGUAGUACCAAAUAAUCUACUUCAAUAAUAAAUAAUAGAUGAAUAUGAUGAAUGAAGAUAAAGGCUGGCUGGGGGGCUGGGAAUUCUACUUCCAGUUGGUGAAUUAGCUGGUGUGUGACACCUCAGGCAAUUACUUAGCUUUUAAUCUGUUUCCUCUUCUGAAUAUACAGUAUGGAGCCUAUACUACUCAAAAUGCUGAUUUGUGUUUAAGUCAUCUUUAAGGUACCUCCCAGAUCUAGAACUAUGAUUCUACGUAUUUUUAAAUACUUCUACUUAAAUGCUUUUAAAUGCUUCUGCUUAAUUCUCUUUCCCUUUUUAAUGGUUCAUUUCAUACUUAAGAGCUUUUGCUAAAAGAGAAUUGUUAAGCAUCCAUUUCCUGGUUCACCUAUAUAUAGUCUUUGUUCUCUUGAGGAUUUAUGUAGAGAAGAAAAAUUACACAGACAAGCAAAUGAGGACAUUUUUCUAAAUGCUUCUUGCUAGUUAACCACUGAACCUGUGAACACAUAGGAACAUUGUCAUUCAUGCAUUUUUCCAUUCGUUUAAAAUGCAAGCCAUUUGAACACUUAUGUGAAAUGUGUGGUAUAUAUGACAGGAACUAGUAAUAAGUGAACAAAAUCUUCCAAAACAAAAUUCUAAUUGUGGCUUAAAACAAACAUGGACAUUAUUUACUUACUGUAUCGAACUGAGAGGGAAACUUUUAUGCACUGGGUGAAGUAUUUCACUAGAUGACACUGGGGCGGUGGGGGUAGGGGGUGGUCUGAGUGAAUCACAGCACAAUUCCUAAAACACAUUUCACAUACAAAUCAGCCAAUCAUAAACCUGAUUAGGUUAUAAAAUCAAGGGCACCUAAUAAGGAUCUACAUUCUGAGACUUUUGUGACAGCCCAUAUUUCUCAGAAUUAUUUUGACACUUUGAAUCUAUUCCAGAAGUGUUGCUAUACAGGGUGUGUGACAGAACAAUACAAAGAAUACAAAGAUAGAAGCCGAUGCUGACUUACUAUACAUUUUUAACUACAAAAGCUUUACACCCACUAUUGACAGUGAAGUAACUUUCUACAACUGAAAAGAUCGCUGAACAGGUUUUUUAUUCUCUUUUGUUUUUAAAGCAAGAAAUUACACAAAAUAAAUUUUAUUAUUACAAAUACUUACUUUUUAGAGAGCACACACGUAUUACAUAGGAAAAGGGUUUCCUUUAACUGGUAAACAUAAAACCCUUCCGUGCUUGAAUUGACAACUAUUUGGGGAGUAAACGUUGAAUGGCAUUGAUUAAUUGGGUGAAGUUUCCUUACCACUUGGGGAUCCUGUGAAAUUAUGUUGUAAUUGCUUUUGGCCCAGCGAAACAGAUUAACAUCACUUGAUGCUAACAUUCUCCAUAAAGAUACAAAAUGAAAAUACCUAAUAUUUAAAAACAUCUUUUAUUCAUCAUAGUCACAGCUUUUUAAAGCAGGAAAAUGUCCAGAUACGUGAUAGAUUAGAAUCUAAAACUGAUUGAAAAUAGAACACAGACAUCCAAGUAACCAGAUAGUCUGGGUUUAAAAAAAUUUGCCAUGGUAUUGGUUAAAGUGUACUUUUAAAAUAUUUUAAUUUACCUAAUUUUUCAAAUAUUUUAUGCUAUUAAAAUAUCUACUGCAUACUUUUUGUAUAUGUAUUUUUAAAUUUUAAAAAAUGAACGGGCUGGGCAAAGAUGAUACAAUUUUAGAUGUUUCAUUUCCAAGACAUUUAACUAGAUUCCUAAUCACUUCAUUCAAAAGCUUGGUCUUGUUUUUUCCAUAGGAAAAAGUCAAAGUGAGUUCUAAAAACGGUCCUCAGAGUCAGGAGUGAGCUGCGGUGCAGACUGGACUUGUACACAGUGUGCAGGAGGGGCACUGACAGAGGAGAGGCAGGCAUGCCCAGCCUCUGUUAAAUUACUGUUUUUGUCUUGCCUUGUUAAAAAAAAAAAUGGUCUUUUGAUUUAACAAAGGCAAAUUGUUGUAACUUUUUUUGAUGCUUUGAGCACAUGUUAACUGAUUUUUAAUUCCUUUUGGUUCCUCCCAUUAUCCUAACAUAGGACUUUCAUAUUAACCUCAAAAGCUGAUCCACCCAGGUUGAGCAGAGCGUCACCAAGGGGAAAGGAAACCUUUUUUACUUUUACAGAAACAAAUGUUAAGAUUAUAUAUACAUGUAUUCUUUACAUUGGAUAUUGUAUUACAGUCCUCCUUACAGGAAAUGAAAUAGUUUAGCACUCUUAGCAUUAGCAUUCCUAGAUUGGUGUCUAUAGCUACCGUUUUAAAAUGUAUACCUGAAAAUGAAGUUAAUUUUGCAUUAAUAAGAGCACACCAUGAUCUAUGUAAAAAGACUGUCCAUUUGGUGUAUUUUUUUAAAAGAGAAAGCACUUUCAUAUUAACAAGUAGCAUGUGUAUGAAUUUUAGAUUUUCAUAUUUGUUGUGUCUGUAUUCAGUGAAGUAAAAUUGAACAUUCAAAUGUUUGUUGAUGGCAACAUUAACUGUUAAAUUAAAGCACCUUAUACUCUGCUGCUUAAACUUGCUUGUAAUUGCACCUUUGUUACCUGCACAUUUUCACAUAGAAUAUUGUUAACAUUGCCUCAUGUGGGUCUGGAUGGAAGGUUAGUGGGCCUACAGGAUCAUUUAUUUAUAUUGUUUAUAUUUACAAUAAUAUAUUGUAGACCAGUUGUAAGUUCAUUUCUUUACAAAUAAAAGCCUCUUCCAUUUG